AUGCCGUGUGUAAAGAUCAUGGAAAAGCAGUCUUUCCCAGUGAUGGAUUCUAAGUUUGUGACCAAUGACGAAGAGGUUAUUCGUGCUCCAUUGAGCUAUCUUCUUCGGAACUCUGGCAAGGACGUCAGAGGCAAGAUCAUCUCAGCCUUCAAUGAAUGGUUGCAGACACCCGAAGAAAAGCUGGAUGUCAUCAAACGCAUCGUAGAGUUUCUGCAUACUGCAUCCCUUUUAAUUGACGACAUCCAGGAUUCCUCUAAACUGCGUCGUGGACUCCCCGUCGCGCACAGCAUCUUCGGAGUUGCCCAAACGAUUAACGCUGCCAACUAUGCAUUCUUCCUAGCGCAGCAAGAACUUCCAAAGCUGGGAAACGCUCGUGCAUUUGAGAUCUUCACUGAAGAGCUACUGAAUCUGCACCGAGGGCAGGGUAUGGACCUCUACUGGAGGGACUCAUUCACCUGUCCGACUGAAGAGGAAUACCUCAAGAUGGUGUCCAACAAGACCGGGGGACUUUUCAGGCUGGCGGUCAAGCUGAUGCAGAUGGCCAGCGAAACUGAUCAAGACUUCGUUCCUAUCGUCAACGUGCUGGGAAUUAUUUUUCAGAUUCGUGAUGACUACCUCAAUCUGCAAAGUGACGCAUACACAAAGAACAAAGGGUUUGGUGAAGACCUGACCGAGGGAAAGUUCUCCUUCCCAAUCAUCCACAGUAUUCGCUCGAACCCAGCGAACAUCCAGCUGUCCAGCAUCCUCCAACAGCGCACGGAGGACGACGACGUCAAACGGUUUGCAAUCCAGUACAUCGCGUCGACCGGCUCGUUCGAAUAUUGCGAGCAGAGGCUCGAGGAUCUAAUGGCUAAGGCAAGAGAGAUGGCAGAGGAAAUGAGCGGGGAAAUCGAUUAUGUCGGGGGGAUCGACCGGGUCUUGGAAAUAGUCGGGCUCAAGACCCACGUCGAACCAUGA